AAUUAUGCUCAAAAAUGAAAAAUUUGAUGAGCAUUAAAACAAAGCUCAACAAAUUAUUAUUAAUAACAACAACAAAUGUGACAGUAAUGAAAAGCAAGUGAAAGACAACAACAAGAAACCUGCCACAAACUGAAACACACAAAACAACAACCAAAUCUGCCCCCCCAUUUGGAUUAAAAACGCAUUUUGGAUUACAAGACAAGAAGAAGCAGAAGAAUAGAAGAAAUAUUACAAAAAAUAUAUAUACAAAUCAACACCUCAACACAAACACAGAAGAAUUCGAUUUUUUUCCCUGGCGCCAAAAACAAAAAAGAAAAGAAAAGAGGAAAAACAGCAAGCAAGCAACACCAACUCUCACACACACACACACACACACACUUAAUAAAAGAGAGGGAGAAAAGAAAAAUAAAAUGGAAAAUCACACAAAUGUAAACGAAACAAAGCUGCAAGUGGAGGAGGAGCCAGCAUCAUUGGGCAGCAAAAACAACAACAACACCAAGGAGACCAUCAUUGACAUUCCAACACCAGCCUCCACCUGCACCACAGUCAUCUCCUCAUCAUCAUCAUCCUGCUCAUCGUCAUAUGACACAGACUGCAGCACAGCUAGCAGUACAUGUUGCACUCGGCAAGGUGAACACAUUUACAUGCAACGUGAGGUAGCAGCAGCAGCAACCAACAGCAACUGCCACAACGGCGGCAGCAACAACACCAACAGCACAUUGCCCAUCAUCUCCUGCUCCACAACAUCCGCAACGGUGGCCCAAACCGAUACCAGUGAUGAGUUGAGUCUACUCAAAUAUGAACAUCGCAAACAUUGGCCGUGGUUUAUAUUACUAAUCUCCAUCAUUGAGAUUGCAAUCUUUGCCUAUGACCGUUAUACAAUGCCCGCCCAGAAUUUUGGUCUACCAGUGCCCAUACCAAGCGAUUCGGUAUUAGUCUAUCGUCCAGAUCGUCGUUUGCAAGUCUGGCGUUUCUUUAGCUAUAUGUUCCUGCAUGCGAAUUGGUUCCAUUUGGGCUUCAAUAUCAUAAUACAAUUGUUCUUUGGCAUACCAUUGGAGGUGAUGCAUGGUACAGCGCGAAUUGGUGUCAUCUAUAUGGCUGGCGUCUUUGCCGGUUCACUGGGCACAAGUGUUGUCGAUUCGGAAGUAUUUUUGGUCGGUGCCAGCGGUGGCGUUUAUGCCCUAUUGGCAGCCCAUUUGGCCAAUAUAACACUUAACUAUGCCCACAUGAAAUCGGCAUCCACACAGCUGGGUUCUGUUGUGAUAUUUGUAUCAUGCGAUUUGGGUUAUGCUCUCUAUACACAAUAUUUUGAUGGCGGAGCAACAUUCACCAAAGGCCCACAAGUCUCAUAUAUAGCACAUUUAACUGGUGCUUUGGCUGGCCUUACCAUCGGUUUUUUGGUAUUGAAAAACUUUGGUCAUCGUGAAUACGAGCAAUUGAUUUGGUGGCUGGCAUUAAGCGUUUAUUGUGCCUUCACUGUAUUUGCGAUUGUGUUCAAUCUCAUCAAUACUGUGACCGCUCAACUGAUGGAAGAACAGGGCGAGGUUAUCACACAACAUUUGCUGCACGACUUGGGUGUGUCCUAAGCGUCGUCGUCGUCAUCCUCGUCCUCGUCCUCGUCCUUGUCGAGAACCUUAUGCAGAAGACUUUCGAAGGAGAGAAUCAUAGACAUAAUACAUAAUACCUAUAGAUACUUAUAGAUAGCAAGAGACACAGAUACAGAUAGAGAGUUACAAGUGACCCAAGAUCGGAAAUGAAAUGAAAAGCAAACAAAAAAAACCCAAAAAAAAAAAAAAAACCAAAAACAAACAAGAAAAGAAAACAGAAAAAUAAAUUGUUUCCCACUCAUAAAGCGUAUUUAGUUUAAAACUAAAUUCGAUACACACACACACACAAACCUAAAGAAAACAACAAAGAAAAAAAAAAAAAGAAAAAUCCCAUUGCAGAGGCAAAAUAUGAAAAGUUUUUGGCUGCUUUUACUUUUCGUUCCGUAUCGCUUUUCCUUGUCGUUUUCGUUUACAUUAACCGUUACCGCGUUUCUUUUUUUUUUAAAUAUAUUUAUAUAUAUAUACGUAUAUAUAAUUGAAUUAUUAUAAUUAUAAUUUUUUUUUUUUAUUUUAAUAUUUUGAAAACGUUACCGAAACGAAACGUGUAAACAAAUGUUGUGAUAGAACCAAAGACUGAAUUUAUUUCGCGUGUAAAAACUUAACAAAAACAAAAAAAAACACACACACACACACACCUAAAAC